CGCACACGUGGGCCGCGCUGGCCGGAGCAUGCAGGAGGGGAGCGGCUGCUGUGUGUGCGCGGGGCGCGGCGCCCCUCGAUACCGCUGCCCGGGCUGCAGGGCCAGAUAUUGUUCUGUCCCCUGCUACAAGAAGCAUAAAGAACAGUGUAUACCAAAACAGGAUCAGGUUGUAAGGACGCUGAUUACAGACACAUCCUCACUUUUCAGAAGAGUUAAAUCAGUGCAAGACAAAGGAAGCCAUUGGUCUGUAGAUGAUAUCCUUACAGAAGAUGAUGAGGCAGACAGAGUCUCGCUGCAGAAACUCAAACUCUUAGGGGAGUCUAAAGAACUGAGAAGCUUACUACUCAACCCCCAUCUGCAGCAACUGCUGCUAACUGUAGAUCAAGCCAAAGAAAAAGAUUCCCUGAUGAAAACAUACAUGCAAGAGCCAUUAUUUGUGGAGUUUGCAGACUGCUGCUUGAGAAUUGUUGAGCCUCCAGAGAAAGAGAAUUGUCUUCUGGAGUGAGAGACUCUUCAGGAACAGAACUAAUCAUGAAUUUUUCUAAAACUAGAAGAAACAUUUUAUUACUGGGUGCUUUGCUGAAACAGCCUCAUGUGUGUGUUUUCCCCUCAGUAAAACAUAUUUAAACUCCUGGAUAUCAGCACUCUAAUUCACACCUCCAGUGUUGUCAUAUGGUAAGCGUUGUUACAGGUGGUUGAAGGGAGGCUUAUGUGCAAGUACUAGGUGUAAUUAGAGGUUCUAUUGCCAACUGUGGCUGUGCCAGGCACUGCUGCUGUCAAGUGUGUAAGGAAGGAGAAAGAUUAAGUCCACUAGUGAUUAACUUUAUCCUUUGAGCAUUUGACAAACCUUGAUGAGAAAUUAGAGUCCAGGGAGCUGCACAAGAUAUUUAAGUUUAUUAAAAUGCCAUGUACAUAAGAAAAAAAACAAAAGCAUACAUUUCCGUGCCUCAGGUCAAGUAAGAGGAAAGAGCCAUUUUUCCUCUAUCAUACUAAAGGUUGCCAUGCUAAGAACCACAUCUGCUCCUACACCAUGUGUGAGCCUAAUGCUGGAGAUGGAUGUAACAGUGAGGGGCGCUGGAGCUUAGCAGCACCAAGAGAAUGGAACUCAUAUGCUACAUUUGAGUUUGGACCAAUACAAUCUAACUGCUUAAAAGCAGCAUGUUAAUUUUUCUUCAGCUGGUCAGAAACGUUGAGCCCAGUCUUAUGAUCUCACUUUUCCUGAGACAGUGGUGUCCAGCAUUAAGCUCCACCAAUUCUUGCAUUUUAUUCAUGAGCAUUAGCAACCUGCUGAAUGUUAGUGCUAUUUGAGGUACGUGGCUGUAUGCUUGCCUCCAGAGGGGAAAAAAUGAGUAGGGUUCAGAUUUCUUGAAAACAGUCAUCGUUGCCCUCUUACUUUUCCCCAUAUGGGGGAGUGCUGAAAGGAUAUUUUACAUUAGAUCAGAGUUUUGUUCAAUUAUUUUCCCCCAAAAUAUUGUAGUUCUAUUAAAGGUGGUUGUGAUUGUUUG